AUGCGGUACUCAAACAUUCUCUUGUCCGCAACCGCGCUCAUUCUAUUGCCAUGGGCUCUUGCUGAGGGUGCCUCAGACGUGAUAGACCUCACCCCUGCUAAUUUCGAGUCGGUGGUUAACCCCGAGCCUUUGGUGCUCGUGGAGUUCUUCGCCCCAUGGUGCGGUCACUGCAAGGCUCUUGCUCCUCACUACGAGGAAGCUGCGACUGCCCUCAAAAGCAAGGGUAUCAAGCUUGCCAAAGUUAACUGCGUGGACGAGGCAGACCUGUGCCAAGCGAAUGGUAUUCAAGGAUAUCCCACCCUGAGAGUGUAUCGCAAUGGCGAGUACAGUGAUUACCCCGGGCCUCGGAAAGCUGACGGUAUUAUCAGCUACAUGAUCAAGCAGUCGCUUCCUGCCGUCACGGAUGUUACAAGCGAGAACUAUGAGGAGUUCGUUCGUGCCGACAGAAUCGUAGCGCUUGCCUUCCUCCCCUCGUCCACCGAUGUCCCCGGUCCCGAAUUCAGCGCGACCGCAAACAAGCUGCGAGAUGAUUACUUAUUCGGUUUGACCAUCGACAAAGCUGUCUUCGAAGCUGCUGGUGUACAAGCACCUACUGUCGUCCUUUACCGCGCAUUUGACGAGCCCAAGGUUGAAUACCCGUAUCCCGUUGGGUCUGUCAAAGUCAAGGACUUUGAGCAGUGGAUCAAGGAUCUCUCGAUUCCCAUCAUCGACGAAGUUGGCUCAGAGAACUUCCAGACGUACGCUCAAAGCGGCAAACCUCUCGCCUACUUGUUCGUAGAUCCCAGCGACGCCAAUCACGAUGAGUACGUUGCUGCGUUGAAACCCAUCGCUGCGAAGUACAAUGGUGCCGUCAACUUCGUAUGGAUUGAUGCUGUCAAGUACGGGGACCACGCCAAGGCGUUGAAUUUGAACGAACCCAAGUGGCCGAGUUUCGUUAUUCAGGACCUAAAGAAACAGCUGAAGUACCCGUACGACCAGAGCUUGGACUUCAAUGCGGAGGCCAUCGAGGAGAUGGUGUCGCAAUUUGUGGAUGGAAAAUUGGUGCCACAGCUCAAGAGCCAGCCUAUCCCUGCUUCGCAGGAUGAAAGCGUAUUUACCCUUGUCAGCAAGCAGUUUGAUGAGGUCGUCUACGAUGACGACAAGGACGUGUUCGUCGAAUUUUAUGCUAGCUGGUGCGGACACUGCAAGCGUCUGAAACCCACUUGGGAUUCACUAGGCGAUCGCUACGCCGAUGUUAAGGACCGUAUCACAAUUGCGAAGAUGGAAUCCACUGAAAAUGAUCUCCCGCCCUCCGUGCCUUUCCGAGUGACUGGUUUCCCCACUCUCAAGUUCAAGAAGGCUGGGUCCCGCGAUUUCGUUGACUAUGACGGCGAUAGGUCCCUCGAGAGCCUCGUUGCGUUCGUAGAGGAGAACGCAGAGAACCCUCUUGAUGCCAAAGUGCCGUUUAAAAAUGUCACACCGCCGGAAGGGCAGGUGCCGUUGCAGCAGCAGCCAGAUCAUCAUGACGAGCUAUGA